AUGGUUCGUGUGAACGGUAACUCCAGUUCUAUAUGGACCAUCAGUCCACCGUCGAGAAAAAACUUGGUAAAUGAUUUACUGUCAAACAACACAAAUUUGACAAUGCGUUUUCAAUGGGAAUUUACGAGGGAGCCACUGACUGCUUUAGUUCAAGAAACUAUAUCUGGAGUGAACUCGAUUGUUCUCACUCCAAACGACACGAUGCGUACCCACCUGGGCAAGUUAUUGGUGGAUUCAACAAGCAGUGCGAUAAACGAAAUAACCAUAAAAGCCCUCUUCCCAACAUUCAUUCGUGUUCCAGCCAGUGGUCGGGCGACAGCACUGAAGGAACUUUUCAAUGCAAGUUACGUCGACUGUGGGAUAAAAGUGAGAUUUGGUUCUGUACCAAACGUGACUGGUGAUGUGGAAUGGUGGGAAUUGACGCAGAAGAAUCCCAAACCAAUAUUCGAUUCAAGAAAAUCCACAUCCGACCUGGAAGUGAUCACGUUCAACGACUUUGUCCCUCCUUUGCAUUUCUCCUUUUUUGCAAGCACUGGGAUCAUUGGGCUUUACGUUGGUUUUGUUUGGCUCGUUGGCAAGUUCGUUCGUUUAUUUUUCACGUCCAUUUCAUAUCGUAUCAUGUUUGAUGAAAUGCCAGACGUCGACAAAGUGUUCAAACUGUGCUUGGAUAUUUACAUGGUGAGAGAGACGAAAGAUUUCGAGCUGGAAGAGGAUCUUUUCGCCAAAUUAAUGUUCCUCUAUCGCUCCCCCGAAACUUUGAUCAAAUGGACGAAAUACAAACGGGAUUGA